UUUUUGCAUUUGUUGUUGAUUGUGGUGCCGGCACUUUUUUCCUUUGCGCAUCGAAAGUAAAAGUUCGGGUUUGGCUAUCAAUAUUCAUAACUCAAAAAACUGAGAAUCACUUCCUGACAAACGUUUGAAGGAAAGUAAUUCAGUUUUGGUCAUGGCGCACCAACGAAAAGAACAGCCUGCUGCGGUUAAGUUUUACUUGAUUCUUUACAACUCCGUGCAGUUCCUAGGAUGGUUCUACAUAUUCAUUCAAUUCGUGAUGCAUGUUUUCCUCGAAGGAAAACCAACUACUGAAUUGUGGGAUCGUGUCGGACUGGCUACUUACUAUUUUCAAGUACUCACCAUCGCAGAGUUCUUCCACGCUCUUUUCCGUCUGGUUCCGAGCAAUCCGCUCAUCACGCUUCUCCAAGUGUUCGGACGAUGCAUGGUAGUCGUGGCCGCCAUCGAGGGCACUCCCGAAGGCAAAGUUUCACCAGGGCUACCAAUCGCUCUCUUCUGUUGGAGUCUGAUGGAAACCAUCCGUUACAGCUAUUACGUACUUCAUCUGGCACUUACCAAGGUUCCGUUCUUCAUGACCUGGCUACGGUACACCAUAUUCAUUCCGCUGUACCCAACCGGAUUCAUUGGCGAGCUGCUCUGCUUCUACUGGGCCCAGUCUCACUUCCGCGAAACGGACAAAUGGAGCCUUUCGAUGCCGAACCGAUUCAAUUUCACCUUUUCGUUCUACUACUUUGCCUGGAUCAUGAGCAUCGGAUAUCUUCCAAUGUUUCCGCAGAUGUACCUUCACAUGUUCGGUCAACGUCGGAAGAUUCUAGCUGGCGAGAAGCAGAAAGCCAAGUGACUUCCGGUGGCCCAGGGAGAUUCGUAGUCGUUCUCGAGCCGUUGCGCAAGCCUGAAAUUAUAAGAUUCGAUUUACUAUCACAUAAUAACUCACAUAUAUCUUCAUCACUAUGCCAUUGAUCAUAAAAGUAAUAAACAUA